AUGGCUCUCCAAGGUGUGAUGAUCACCAUGAUGAAAACUUUUGAUAGUUAUGCAAAGGGCGAUGGAGACAGCAGCACCCUGAGCAAGAGUGAGCUCAUCAACCUGGUCCAAAAAGAGUUCCCAGCUCUGUGUGAAAGUCAAAAGAAGGAUGAAAUUCUCAAAGGAAUUUUUGGACAGAUGGACAUGGACGGUGACGGCAAGGUCGAUUUCAAGGAAUACGUCACGUUUCUGGCCUGUGUAACCAUAUGCUUAAAGAAAAGCCUCUAAAUGCGGAGGGCAACGAGCGGGAGAGAUGAUGUGUUAUCAUUGUAAUAUCUGUCAAUAAAAUGUUUAGACUCGUUA